GAGAGCGCGCUGACGUCACGCGCGCGUACGUGCGUGCUGCGCGGUGACGUCGCGAGGGCGGGAAGGAGGAGGAGGAGAAGGAGGAGCCAAGAUGGCGGCGAUGGCGGCGCUGGGCCGGAGGCUGCGGGAGCUGGGCCGGGGGGUCAGGGGCGUGCAGACCCCUCCCCGCUACGAGGAGUCCUCGGCCGAGUUCGGGUUCGUGCAGCGCCUGCUGCCCCCCAGCCGCGUCCCCGAGCCCCCCCCGCACCCCAAAUACCCCACCCCGUCCGGCUGGAGCCCCCCCGCAGGGCCCCCCCCGGACCUGCCCUACUCGGUGCGGCGCUCGCGGCUGCACAACCUGCCCGUGUACGAGGGGCAGCGGCAGGGCCGGCGCCUCACGGAGCUGCGCCGCAUCCACGGCGACAUCUGGGCGCUGGAGCGGGACCUGAGGGCGUUCCUGGGCUCGCUGGGGGUGCCCGAGGUGGCGGCGCAGGUGAACGAGGUGACGGGGACGCUGCGGCUGCGCGGGCACUGGGGGCCACAGCUGCGGCGCUGGCUGCUGCACAGGGGCUUCUAGAGACCCCCAAACCUGCCCGGGGGACCCCAAACUGCCCGGGGACCCCAAACCUGCCCGGGGGGACCCCGAAGUCUGCGAGGGAUCUGCUGUGGGAGCAGCUGGAGCGUCACGAAAUGGAUCCUGGGCAGUGGAAUGUCUGCUGGGGGCACCUCAAAAUCCACCUGGGCACCCCAAAAUCCACCUGGAGCACCCCAAAAUCUGUUUGGGGCACCCCAAAAUCUGUUUGAGGAACCUUCAAAUCCACCUGGGGCACCCCAAAAUCCGUUUGGGGCACCUCCAGAUCCACCUGGGCACCCCGAAAUUCACCUGAAGUACCUCAAAAUG